CAAAGUCAUCAUUACUAUGCUGUGAGUACGAGAGCGGUACAAAUCACGAUGUAUGCAGCCGUCUUCCCUUUAGCCACCAACCAAUGGAGUGUUCGGAAGCUCCUGUAUGCCCCGUGUGUUCCAGGAGUGUUUGCCGCGGUCACGGAGGCGGCGAAGCUUGUCAUGCCCGUGUGGUGCAACCCUUCAUACCACAGGUAACGGAGAGAAGGGUGGGGACGGAGACGACCACGGAGCAAAGAAGACCACAGGCAACAAACACCAGCAGGACGUGAACGUGCCUCUCGCCAAUUCAGUCCUGUCGACCAGCAAAGCCAUAUCGGACAUAGAAGCGCUGGAGUGCACCAAGUACCACAUAUGGACGGGACGAGGCUGCGUCGCAGUUGUUCAGAACGCAGGCAAGGGCUACGACGAGGAAAGCAAUAACCUCAAGAAGCUCGCCUGGAGCGGGCAGCCAGUCGAUCACAAGACGAGGGGCACACCAUACCUGGCCAUCUUCGUGGCGGUGUUCGGCAAAGUGGCGAUGCGGACAGUGACCGAGUUAAUGUAAAGGGAUCGAGGACAAGAAGGUGUCGGAGAUGCCAGGGUUCUACAACGCCCACUUUUCGUCGGCCAGCAUUUCCAACGACGCAGAGAUGAUUGGACACUUCUGCGUCAAGGCCCACAGGAAUAACGACAAUCAGGAGCAUUUCCGCACGAUGAUAUGGCACGUCAACAAAUCUCACAAGUCUGCCUUCCCGAUCGCGAGUUUCCUGACCGCGACGGUCGCCACCGAGAGAGGCACGAGGCUCCACACGGUCCUGCCACGCGAAGGCCAUUCGGGAGGGUCAUCAGCAAGUUUCUGGAGGACCACAGUUAGCCGCAUGUCGUGAUACGUUGUGGCAGCAAGUCUAGGAACGGUCACAAUUAGCAGCAGUUCGCGAUUCGAUAAGUCUCCCGCUUGCCCUUCUGCACAGCGCCCAUGUCGCAACGCUGAUGGCACAAGGUUUUGGCCCCCGUCGUCCUGUUCCCGCUCCUCGCCACCCGCCUCCUUCUCUGCCCAUAUUUCUCCGCGGCUGGUGAACAACCUCAAGAGUUCCCUGCAGCCUCGAACUGUUUCUGGGUUCGAGGUUCCUUCAGUGCCCAAAUCCCCAGAUGCCCAAGAGGACGCGGCAAAGGGAGAGGUGGUCGUAGCGCGACGGGAAAAGGUUCCAACUCUCGCGUCCCCC